CACUGAAUCUGUGAAAUGGUACGUAGAGAAGGUGCUGCUUGAAAACCUCACCCACUCGAGUCUCAGCACCAGGACCAACCAAUAAACACGCGGGUAUCCUUUGGCCGUAUAAAAGAUGCUGCGUUUCAUUCAUUUGUUCAGUUCUCCCGCGUCCCUGUCGGUCAUCCUUUACUUUCCGGCUCGUAUCCUAUAAGGCAGCAAACCUUGCACGAUCAGAAUGGAAGGUGCGUUUUAAUGGAUCGCCGCAGCCAUGCAAACCGCAUUCGCCGCGCCGUCUCUGAGUUUGGGAACUUCGACGCGCUUCCCGAUGAGCAGUGAGUCGCAGGGCUUGCUGGCGAUGAACUGGUCCGCCGUUUCUCGGGGAAAUGCGACGCCUAUGGAGCUGGAGAACCGCCGGGCUCUGCAGUACGGCCAGUUCUCCUCGUCCACCUCGGUGUUCCUGGCGGUGCUCAUGACGCUGCUCGUCCUUGCCACCGUCCUGGGCAAUGCGCUUGUCAUUCUGGCAUUUGUUGUAGAGAAAAGUUUACGCACACAAGGAAACUUUUUCUUUUUGAAUUUAGCCAUUGCCGACUUCCUAGUGGGAGGGUUUUGCAUCCCCGUUUAUAUACCGUACGUCCUAACCGGAGAAUGGAGACUCGGACGCGGUCUUUGCAAACUGUGGCUGGUGGUGGAUUACACGCUUUGCACGGCGUCCGUGUUUAACAUCGUGCUCAUCAGCUUCGACAGGUUCAUCUCUGUUACUAGAGCGGUGAACUACAGGUGUCAGAAGGGCGUCACACGGCAGGCGGUGCUGAAGAUGGUGAGCGUGUGGCUGGCCGCGUUCCUGCUCUAUGGCCCAGCCAUCGUCAGCUGGGAGUACAUAGCCGGCGGUAGUGGGGUUCCCGCCAAAGAGUGCUAUGCAGAGUUCUACUUCAACUGGUACUUCCUAAUGACUGCGUCCACGGUGGAGUUUUUCACUCCCUUCAUCAGCGUCACCUACUUCAACCUCAGCAUCUACAUCAACAUCAGGAAGCGAAACCUGAUGCGGGCGGAGCGGCCCGCCAGUGUGGGGGCCCGGGACUGCGAGAUGGAGCUGCGCGGCCGGUCCGGCGCCGAGGAGCGCCAGGUGUUCUUCGUGAGGCCCGCGCCGGCCCCCGGCAGCGCCGAGAGCGCCAAGGCCGACGGGAGGACUGGGGGCCGCAAGUUCCUCGGCGCCAGGGGCUCAGUGGUAGUGGACAGUGGGCUUCUGGACCUGCCCCCGCUGCAGGUGGAGGACCUGGCCCAGAGGGCAGGAGAGGGGGGGUACGGACCCGGAGAUCUGCCCUAUGGCUCGACUAGAAACGGCCGCCCCCCCGCCACCGCCUCAGACAGCUGCUUGGCCAGCCGCUUCCGCCUGUCCCGAGACAAAAAAGUAGCCAAGUCGCUGGCGGUGAUCGUGUGCGUCUUCGGCCUCUGCUGGGCGCCGUACACACUGCUGAUGAUCAUUCGGGCCGCGUGCCACGGCCAGUGUGUGCAGCACUACUUGUACGAAACCUCCUUCUGGCUACUGUGGAUCAACUCCUCCAUUAACCCAGUCCUCUACCCUCUAUGCCACACGAAUUUCCGAAGGGCUUUCAACAAACUGCUGUGCCCCGCCAAGAUCAAGAUUCAACCCCAAUAUAUGGAGCAGAAAUGCUAAGGCCUAGUCAUGUGAUUAUUCUUGUCUCUUCUGCAACAUGGUGUCAGGUGAGCCCUUGGUUCUACAGAUUAAUGACGGAUUUCAUGCAUGGACACGCUGAAUGCAAAUCGGCAAAGUGACUCACAGCCUGACACACUGUAUAAAUGUAUGUGACGGAGUCAGAGGAACAGUGUUCUUCAGUCAUGUUGAUCUAGGUCGUGGCAGCGUGGUAAAAUGAAAUAUUCUUGUAAUAAAUGACUGAAUCAAAUUUUGGUUCCUAUGUGAAUUUGAUAUUCCUGCAUACACCACAGCAGCAGGUAGAAAUAGUUACCAGACUGAUUUAACACAGUAUGCAUAAAUCUCCUGUCUAGCAGCUGAAUAGACCUAUUUUGUUUCCCCAUCAGAAACAGAUCUUACUCAUCCUAAUAUUUAUCACGAUCUAUAUGCUGCUGUCUUAUGAUAUAAAGAAUCUGUUACGCAGUAUAUAGUAGCAGCCUUGGAAUAUUAAGUUAUGCAGUAAAAAUAUUAAGACUUGCAAGGCUAAAAAUAUUUAUUAAUUCAUUAAAUGGGUUUUUAAUAACAAUGGACGUGGUAUUUUUUUUUAUUACAGAAACAAAGCUUAGGAUAUCCCAUGGAGAAUAUUUGUCAUAGCCUGUGUUGACUAGCCAUUGAUCUACAGUUUAUGAUCCAAGGUCAAUGGAAGGGUAAUUCACCUGUAGAGAAACUAUUCACUUCCAGUUUUCUGGAAAUUGCAAAUAGCAAUUCAGCAAGUCCCCGACAAUACUACUACACAAAACGUAGCUGGAUAUAAACCAAAGUAUAUCCAUCAAGUUACUACAAGCACCACGGUCACUACUUGGUU